ACCCAGUUAUAGCCACCCAAAUAACCAGCAAUCCGUACGUACUGCAUACCAUAUAUAUACACCAAACACCUCGUAAACCCUAAUUUCUCAACCUCCUCUGCGCUUCCUAUUGUUCGCCGAUUCUUUCGAGUACUGAGGCUGUUAUCCAUUGUCACUGAAAAUGGCGGAUGUGGAGACGGACGUCGCAGUUGCUGCAGGGCUGCCGAAGAAGAGGACGUUCAAGAAGUUCAGCUUCAGAGGCGUCGAUUUGGAUGCGCUUCUUGAUAUGUCUACGGAUGAGCUCGUCAAGCUCUUCACUGCUAGAGCUCGUAGAAGGUUUCAAAGAGGUUUGAAGAGAAAGCCGAUGGCUUUGAUUAAGAAGCUGCGCAAAGCUAAAAGGGAGGCACCACCUGGUGAGAAGCCGGAGCCAGUGAGGACUCACCUUAGAAACAUGAUAAUUGUACCUGAAAUGAUUGGGAGCAUUAUUGGGGUUUACAAUGGGAAAACCUUCAAUCAGGUUGAGAUCAAGCCAGAAAUGAUUGGUCAUUAUCUUGCUGAGUUUUCCAUAUCAUACAAGCCUGUGAAGCACGGUCGGCCUGGUAUUGGUGCUACCCACUCUUCCAGAUUCAUUCCCCUCAAAUGAAGAUUUUAUUUGGCUUUUGGUACUUGGUAUUUUCUUCGAUAUGAUGUUAGUUUUCUCAUGGGCAAUUUGUUGUUUGUGAACGAGUUAAAUGGUUUGUAGAAUUUCAACGAGUUGAGUACAUUUUUCACUGUUGCUUUUGGACAAGUUAAUUAGAUUUUGCGGUUGGUUUAAUGUUUCAUGUUUAAAAAAGAAUCCCUUCCUAUAAUGAUUUGCCCUCUUGGUAUUACAGACCACUGCGGGAAGUAAAAUGGAGAAUUUAAUUUAUUA